GUAUCUGAAUUAUAUGGCUUUCGUUGACGUUGAAGCUUUUUAAAAAGUAAGCCCAAUAAAUGAGAACGCAUCGCUUGGACGAAUCCAGUUCAAACGUUGAUCAAAAGUUAAGCGAAAAAUGGUACACUUCUACACCGGGCCAUUAUUUAUCAAGACAGGACUAUUUUUGAUUUUGAUGUGUUUCAGUACAUCAUCCGCUGGAACCAUCGUUUCCUUGGAAGACAGAUUAAAAGAAGUGGAAAUCAAGCUGGAGACGGAAGUUUAUCAACUGAAAGAAAAAAAUAUUCAACUUGAAGAGAAAGUAACGCAAUUAGAGUCCAAAAAUGCCCAACUGGAAAAUAAAGUCCAAAAACAAGAAACAAUUUUGACUUCCCUGUUGCUUCAAUCCAGACAACCAAAACCACAAACUGAGUCAGAAAUAGUUUCAAAUAAUCGCCCAAAUUUAAUUCAGUCAAUUGCAAAGAGUGCUGCAAUGCCAAGGACGUGUCGCGAACUUUGGAUGGCGAAUCCUUCUCUUCAGUCCGGAAUGCACUGGAUCGAUCCGGACGGCCAAGGCGUCGGCGAUAACCCGAUCUACGUUUACUGCGACAUGACGUCGGGAUCUACAUCCAUUCUACACGACAGUGAAUCCCCUAUCGACGUGGGUCAUUGCGCUGAUCCUGGAUGUUAUUCACGAUCUAUCAAUUACAACGCGUCCAUCAGGCAGAUAAAAGCGUUAGUUGAGUUAUCAUCCGAAUGUCACCAGUCGAUUAAGUACGAUUGCUACUACGCCCUUUUCGAAUUUGUUGCCAUCCCCUACGCCUGGUGGAACGACAGAGACGGAAAUCCCCAAUACUUUUGGGCUGGAGAUAACACGGAGGGAAGUCACACCUGCCAGUGCGGAAUCGAUGGCAAUUGCGUCGAUUCUUCCACCAAGUGCAACUGUGAUGCUGCGGCGCCAAUUCAGUUAGUCGACGACGGUGUAAUCACGAAUAAAAAUGUUUUGCCUGUCACUCGGUUGAAUUUUGGCCGAACUCAACUGGAAACUUCGUCGGGCAUCCACACGCUUGGUCGAUUCGAAUGUAGUGGAACGGUCGCCCUGACAAAAAUGCCCACGUCUUGCGAGGAUCUUUUGUUAAUUGGACACACCCUAAAUGGAUUCUAUUCCAUCAUGGGAUCUACGAUGAUGGAAUCCAUUUAUUGCGAUUUCACAAAACUCCCUGACGAUACCGGUUUUCAGAAAUGGAUUGGAUAUGCCGAUGUCAAAUCAGCGCCUGUCCAUUUCUAUGUCCAAAGAAAUUCUUCAUUCACUGCUGGUACUACUCCGAUUCCGUUCGAGUUGGCGCGGGUGAACGAGGGAAAUGCCUUUAAUUUGACAUCAGGGAAAUUCACGGCACCACGGCCGGGGACUUAUUUCUUCUCAUUCACGGGGUUGGCAAGUUUUCCAGCUUCAACAUUACCCUAUGAUGUUUUUUUAGAAGUUGGUCUUUAUUUGAAUGGGGGUCGAAUCGGGUUGGGUAGGGUUGAAGAGACAAACACGUACGAUAAUCAGUGGUCUCCGUUGACCCUCCAGUCAACGCUGAACUUGAAAUUAGGCGAUCGAGUCUGGUUACAGAUUAUUAUCUUUUCAACAGGGGUGUAUUUGUAUGACAGCAGUUCCCACUACACCCAUUUCACGGGUUUCAUGUUGGAGGAGGAAAUUGUCGCCUCCCUUUGAGUGCUGAUCGCCCGAAAUUUGCAAAAUCAUCAUCGACUGACAGUUGACACGGAAAACUGUUUUUGUUUGAUUAAUAACGGGGAGAGAAUCCAUUUAGUUCUAAUUCAUUAAGGGGUGGGAAUUUCUUCUCUCUUACGCAAAAUUUUAACUGUGUAUGCGAAUGCGAACUUACUGAAUACACACAGAGAUUUGCAAG